AUGAACCCACAGUACACGUUCGAGUCGAGCGAGUUCGCCCACUUCGUGGACACGCGCAUCCGAUGGCUGCAGGCCCAGCUGUCCCACAUCCAGGCCAUGAAGAGCCUCCUGCGCGAGAAGAAGAAGCGAAGCCCCAAGCCCGCUGUGCCCAACCAGAAGCGACGCAGCGACGACCACUGUCACCAGGUCUCGUGGGCUCUGCAGAAGGCAUCGAAGAAAUUUGCGCACCACCAGAGCCGGCGACGAAGGAGGGCCGCAGCCCGGGUGCCCCUGACCUGGACUCCGGCCACCUUCACGACGCUCAGCGAAUCGCCGGUUCGCAGUGGCUGCGCCGCCCGCACUAGCCUGCGCGCCUACUGA